AAAACCCAACCAACCGGGACAGAUGUCAAUUAGUAACGUUUCAAUCGUCGCACAGUUCACAGAAGCUAACAUGAAGUUCGCAGUUGUCGUAGUCUUGUUCGCACUUGCCUGGGGCGUCAACAGUUCAGUGGUGCCACUGAUCGCUGGUGUUCAUGGACCCUUGGUGCUCAGUGCACCCGCUGUUGCCGGCUCCGUAGCCGUGCACGCCUCCGCUGUGCCCGCUGCCGUGCCCGUUGCUAUCUCUCCAGCUGGACCUGUGCUCAUCCAAUCCGCGCCAGCAAUCGCGCAUGCCUCUCCCAUUGUUGUGGCUGCAGCCCCAGCACCGGCUGUUAUUGCCGUCGCCGCUGCACCUGCCUCGUAUGUGGCGAAGACCCGGGGUGCAGUCCAUGUCGCUCCACUGCCAGGACAUAUUCAGAGCGCCGCCUCCGUCAAUCUGCAGCCAGCACCAGGCACCUUGUAAGCACGAGCCAAUGGAGCUACAAUUUGGAUUACAACAACACCAGACCUGCCUUCGACCUUGCCAUCGAUUUGUUUUUAGUUCACGCUAAUUUUUAAGUUAUGCAUUCCUUUGUUUAUUUCUAUUUCCCGAAUGGUUUUCCCACUUUCCCCCAUAUCACACAACUUACUGCCGCCAAUCUAAGUCACAAUCUUCGUUUCUAAUCAGCAGCCGCUCUCACCUUUAGGUAACUGCCUAACGGUUUUCCUAUUCUCUACUUAUUCUGGUCUACUUUAUGAAUAUAUCUAUCUAUUCCUAUCGAUCUGUUAA